AUGGACCUUGCAUUCGUCGCGCAAUUUUCUCAAACUCGAACCCUAAAUCCUCCCUCUCUCUCUGCUGUGACCUUAGCCCCUACUCCGCCCCAAUUCAGACCCUGCCGCCACAAGCGUCGAACCCUGGAGCUUCUCCGCCGUCGCCGUCCAUCCUGUCGCCGUGAUUUCCUCCGUUUAGGCGAAUCUUCGCCGCCGUUGUUCUCUCUCCUCCGGGCACCAAAUCCGGCAAUUGAGGUUUCGGCCGGUUUUGAAAUUGAAAUUCCGGCCACUUCCGGCCGUUUUUUCGGGGAUUUCCCGGUGAUUGUUAUCGCUUUGGGCACCCACGCGCUGCCGGCGCGUGUGGUGGCGCGUGGGGUACUGUGGCAUAGGGAAUUGGAUCCCAGUGCAAACAUUUUGUUGUCACGAGCGCGUAGGUGUGCUCGGAUUGGAAUUCGGGACGGUGACGACUACACCGAGUUCGGAGCCCCCGGCUCAGCCGGUAUCAGCUGCCACUGCUCCAGCAUGAUUGAGCAGGACCACGUGCUAGCUGGUCCUGGGGGAUCCCAGGCGGCUGCAUCAUCAUCUUCUUCGGUGGUGCAGCCUCUUAGCACUAGGCGGCGACACCGGCCCGCUACCACCACCGACACCACAUCGACUGACAGUACUGGUGCCUCGGGGGCACCUCCAGUAUUGUCAUAUCCCUUUGCAGCCAAGAGGAACACCCGAGGGCCGUGUCGGCAACUGAAGACGGCGAAGGUCACCCGGGUGACCAACAGUCGUAUCAGCAUCGGAUAUGACGAGCGCCAUCGGGCUGCACCGACGGCGGACUUGCAUAGCUCCUUGGCCCACGACAUUGGCCACGUCGUUCGGACCCAUUGCCCGAUGCAAUGGAAGUCUUGGAAGGUCAUGCCUGACGAGAUCAAGAUGCAAGUUCGCGGCCAGUUGUCGACGAACUACCACUUAGAGGACCUCAACGAGGAGACCUUGGCGUACGUCAACAGACUCUUCGGUGAGAGGUACAAGCAGUGGAAGAGCGACUUGCACCACCAUUUUCAGGCGUUUGAUGAUCCGCAAGUCGCUCUUCAGGAGGGUUGCCCAAAGGAGCUUGAGGGGCGGGAGGAUAGUUGGGCGUGGCUCUGCGCUCAUUUUCAGGCGCCCGAUUAUGUGAAUAAAGCCCAAGUGAAUAAGGGCAAUAGGAAGAAGAAGACUCUUCUCCACCAUUCCGGCUCCAGGCCCUUCUCAUAUAGGAUGGAUGCACGGCGUCGGGGGGGGUCGAAAUUCCCAGAGAUCGACGUCUUUGGUGACGUUUAUGUUCGACCUGGGAAUGAGUUGGCCGAGUCCCUUCAUACGACGAUGGUGGAGAGGAGCCAGUUGGUUCUUCAAGAGUCCGCCUCCCAACUUCCUCCCGAGACUCCGAUCGAGUCUGUGGAUCCUCCGCAUGAUGCUGGAUUUCAGAUUUUGACGCAGACGUUGGAUCAGACUCUCGGGAGGAGGCCGGGAACGUAUUGUAGGGGGAUGGGGAAUGCCCGACAGAGGGAACCUCGACCGCGGUCAUCGUCGCAGGCAAACAGUCAGGUGAUUGUUUUGACAUCGCGGGUUGCCGAGCUUGAGGGUCAGAUGUCGGUGAUUCUGCAUCCCUCGCGCGGUCCGGCAUUCCAAUCCCGAAUUUUGGUGCGUCGACCUCCGAGCCCGUCCACCCCGAGCAUCCCCAGCACACCACGGCCCCUGCAGACGCCCAUACCUCCGAGCCGCAUGUGGCAGAUGACCAAGUAG